AAACUUAAUCCCGGUGUGGCCGCGCGCUUUCUCCUCCCUGUUGCUAUGGAAACAGGGCCGGUCCAGGUGGAGCCACUGACUGGCAUGCAGUCACGUGGGGAGGGUCUAUGGAUGAGGAGCGGAGGAGAAAAACGGAUUUCACAUUAUUACCGGGAGUUUGUGGAGACGCUGCUGCUCCGUCGUGAUCUGUGCUCGGUGAACGAUAAAAACAAACGGACACUUUGUCUCACCUGGACCGCGGGGCGAGAGGGGGGGACACACACGGUCCUUCAGUGAUGGGGACGAGUCCGUAGGGGAACAGAGAUGAUGUUUGUGGACGCUCCGUGGAGGAACAUUUGUCUUCACGCUGACGGUUCGCGGUGUUUUGUCUGCUGCGGUGUUUUGCGUUAAACUGACUGAUUUUUAUUUUUUAUUUUUUUCACGGGCAUCCUGUAGCAUGGACCGGAGGCGCUGACGCCAAAACACUUGUGAGAAUCAGUCAGUCAGUCGGAGGAAGGAGGAACACCCAUGAAAAAUGAUGCAUCAUGGAUUCUGAUCAUCUAAACUUUGAGAGUGACAGCACCGGGAAGCAGCAGAGACGAGGAGGUGAAGAGGAGCCCCCCUCUCCUCCCGUGGAUGUUUGACUCCUCUGUUCGUGGACGAUACACGCACCUGAAGGACCUGGGGGACGGGACGACGGUGUGUGUUGUGAUGCUUCUUCUCCAUUUCUUUUCUGCUGUCAGUUUUGGUUUCUCCAGCAAGAUCUGUGCUCUCCCGUCAUGGCUCGCUUUGAAGACGAACUGUCCAGCCGCUAUGGAGGCACCUGUCCCGCGGGCCCUGCCAGAGGGGCCAGCCGGCAGCCGGGGCCUCCAGGGGUACAGAGGAUGUACAAGCAGACGAUGGCCCAGAGAGCCAGGACCAUGGCCAUUUACAACCCCAUCCCCGUCAAACAGAGCUGCCUCACCGUUAACCGCUCCUUGUUCAUCUUCAGUGAGGAUAAUAUCAUACGGAAAUAUGCCAAAAAGAUCACCGAAUGGCCUCCAUUUGAGUACAUGAUCCUGGCCACCAUUAUAGCAAACUGCAUCGUGCUGGCCUUGGAGCAACACCUACCGGCCUUAGACAAAACACCGAUGUCAGAGCGUUUGGACGACACAGAGCCCUACUUUAUUGGAAUAUUUUGUUUUGAGGCUGGCAUCAAGAUCAUCGCCCUGGGCUUUGCCUUUCACAAAGGCUCCUACCUGCGUAAUGGCUGGAAUGUAAUGGACUUUGUAGUGGUCCUAACAGGGAUCCUGGCCACUGUGGGGACUGACUUCGAUCUAAGAACACUGAGGGCGGUGAGAGUACUACGGCCGCUCAAACUGGUUUCCGGCAUUCCAAGUCUCCAGGUGGUAUUGAAGUCUAUUAUGAAAGCCAUGGUACCUUUGCUCCAGAUCGGCCUGCUGCUCUUCUUCGCCAUCCUCAUGUUCGCCAUCAUCGGCCUCGAUUUCUACAUGGGCAAGUUCCAUCGCACCUGCUUCAAGAUAGACACGGGUGAGCAGGCAGCAGAUUUCCCCUGUGGCCUGGAGGCCCCGGCGAGGACCUGUUACAACGGCACCACCUGUAAGGAGUACUGGAUUGGACCCAGCUUUGGCAUCACCAACUUUGACAAUAUCCUCUUCGCUGUUCUCACUGUUUUCCAGUGCAUCACCAUGGAGGGAUGGGUGGAUAUCCUCUACAACGCCAACGAUGCCUCGGGGAACACGUGGAACUGGCUGUACUUCAUCCCCCUCAUCAUCAUCGGCUCCUUCUUCAUGCUCAACCUGGUGCUCGGUGUGCUGUCAGGUGAGUUUGCCAAGGAGAGGGAGCGGGUGGAAAAGAGGCAAGAAUUCCUGAAGCUCCGUAGACAACAGCAAAUAGAGAGAGAGUUAACUGGCUACCUGGAGUGGAUCUGCAAAGCAGAGGAGGUGAUGCUGGCUGAGGAGGACAAGAGCGCAGAGGAGAAAUCUCUGGAUGGAGCGUGGUACAAAAGGAAAAACAACAACUCUGUGCUGAAGAGGACCAAGAAGAGUAAGAAUGACCUCAUCAAUGCAGAGGAAGGCGAGGACCACUUCACUGACAUCUCAUCUGUUGGGUCGCCGUUCGCCCGGGCCAGUGUAAAAAGCAAGAACGAGAGCUCCUCGUACUUCAGGAGGAAAGAGAAGAGGAUUCGCUUUACCAUCCGCCGUCUGGUCAAAUCCCAGAGCUUCUACUGGACUGUGUUGUGUCUGGUUGGCCUCAACACGCUGUGUGUAGCCAUCGUACACUAUGACCAGCCCGAGUGGCUCACCUAUGCACUAUACCUGGCCGAGUUUGUAUUCCUGGGCCUGUUCCUGGCAGAGAUGUCCAUGAAAAUGUACGGCCUCGGACCCCAGAACUACUUCCACUCCUCUUUCAACUGUUUUGACUUUGGGGUGAUAAUUGGCAGUAUUUUUGAGGUGAUCUGGGCUGCCAUCAAACCCGGGGCCUCAUUUGGGAUCAGUGUCCUGCGGGCUCUGAGACUGCUCAGGAUCUUUAAAGUCACCAAGUACUGGAACUCUUUGAGGAAUCUGGUGGUAUCCCUCCUCAACUCCAUGAAGUCUAUCAUCAGCCUGUUGUUCCUACUCUUCCUCUUCAUCGUGGUCUUCGCUCUGCUGGGCAUGCAGCUGUUUGGUGGCCAGUUUAAUUUCGAAGACGAAACGCCGACAACCAACUUUGACACAUUCCCAGCAGCCAUUCUCACCGUCUUCCAGAUCCUAACCGGGGAGGACUGGAACGCAGUCAUGUACCACGGGAUCGAAUCACAGGGAGGCGUUCACGGGGGAAUGUUCUCCUCCAUUUAUUUCAUUGUUCUCACUCUCUUUGGAAACUACACACUCCUCAACGUGUUCUUGGCCAUCGCUGUUGAUAACCUUGCAAAUGCCCAGGAACUUACUAAGGAUGAAGAGGAGCAAGAGGAGGCCAUCAAUAAAAAGCUUGCGCUCCAGAAGGCCAAGGAGGUAAAGGAGGUCAGCCCCAUGUCGGCCGCUAACAUCUCCAUCACAGCUUUUCUAACACGCAGUCGAGGUAACGCGCACUCUAGCAGCUCAUCCAUCUGCAGCGUUAACUCACUGAGUUAUGUCUGCACCCCAGUCCAUCACUACUUGAGUAAGGAGCAGCAGAAGUCAAUGAAGACAAUGUCGGUGUGGGAGCACAGGGCCAACCAGCUGAGGAGGCAGAACCGGGCGAGCUGCGAGGCCCUCUACUGUGAGCUGGAGCCUGAGGAGCGUCUCCGCCUGUCCACGGCCCUCCACAUUCGGCCCGAUAUGAAGACCCACCUUGACAGGCCGCUUGUUGUUGAGCCUCACGAUGGUCCCUUGCUGGGCGGCCACCAACACCAUCAUCACAAGCCCUGCAUGCCAGAGGAGGCUGAGACUGCCGCUGACCCUCUUCCACCUUCUGUGCCUCACCAGCCCCGACGCCACCACCGUCACAGAGACAGGGCCAGGGUUAGAGAGGAGACAAAUGAUAAUGGCGACACCAGUAAAGACGGGGGCCACCACGUCCAUCACAGCCGCUCCAAAGACCACGACGGCAGCCGUGGAAAAGAGGGAAAGAGUGAGAGGUCCCACAGCCGAGAGGGAGGCAGGAGGCAUCACCAUCAGAGCUCAGUGGACGACAGUGGAGGUGGAGGAGUCACGAAUGAGAGAGAGCAUCGCCAUCAUCAUUCACACCGACAGUCCCGAGGGGGCAACGGGACUGUGAACAGCGGAGGCAAGGGAGAGCGUAGAUCCCGCCACAGAGAUGGACGUUCAUCUAACAGGGACGGGGAUAAGAAUUCCAAAGGAGAAAGUGGUGCCAACGGAGCAAGGAGAAGACAUCGGAAUCAUGGAUCUAGGGGUCAGUCUGCAGUUGAAGGAGAGGAGUCCAACGGGAGAGAGAAGACCCACAGUAACAGGGACAGGUUUGGUGACUCAGAGGGGGAGUCCCUCGCCACCUCCCCCCAGCAGGACUCUGGGGGGGCCAACUGGCCUCCUGACCGACCAGAGGACUCAGACAACCAGCGGAAUGUCAGACGAACUGGCCAAACUUCCAUCCAAAUUCCUCCUGUGACCGUCACCUCCCCGCCAGGAGAGACCACACUCAUACAACUGAAUAGCAUUGACUGUGAGACAAUGCCCAUGAAUGAGAAGACCCUGGAGGAUCUAGGUCAAAGUGGACCCAAACCCAUCCUGCCUUACAGGUCCAUGUUCAUGUUUGGACAAACCAACCCGGUGAGACGGUUAUGCCACUACAUUGUGACUCUGCGUUAUUUCGAGAUGUCCAUCCUGGUUGUCAUUGCUAUGAGCAGUAUCGCUCUGGCAGCAGAGGACCCUGUCUGGACUAAUGCCCCUCGAAACAAUGUGCUCAAAUAUCUGGACUACGCCUUCACUGGUGUUUUUACUUUUGAAAUGGUGAUUAAGAUGGUGGACCUGGGUCUGCUGCUUCAUCCUGGAGCCUACUUCAGAGACCUAUGGAACAUUCUGGACUUCAUAGUGGUCAGUGGGGCGCUGGUGGCUUUUGCAUUUUCGAGCUUCAUGGGUAGAUCGCAACAAGGUGUGACCAGGGGGACCAAAGGCAAAGACAUCAGCACUAUCAAGUCUCUGAGGGUUCUCCGUGUGCUCAGGCCUCUCAAGACCAUCAAACGUCUACCAAAACUAAAGGCGGUGUUCGACUGUGUGGUCAACUCUUUGAAGAACGUGCUGAACAUCCUCAUCGUUUACAUCCUCUUCAUGUUCAUCUUUGCUGUCAUCGCAGUUCAGCUCUUUAAGGGAAAAUUCUUCUACUGCACAGACGAGUCCAAGGGCCUGGAGAAGGACUGCAAAGGACAGUUCCUAGACUACGACAAAGACGAGGUGGCCGCCAUGCCCAGAGAGUGGAAGAAAUAUGAGUUCCACUACGACAACGUGCUGUGGGCCUUCCUGACCCUCUUCACUGUCUCCACAGGGGAAGGCUGGCCGACUGUCUUGAAGCACUCUGUGGAUGCCACCUUUGAAGACCAGGGUCCCAGUCCAGGCUACCGGAUAGAAAUGUCCAUCUUCUAUGUGGUCUACUUUGUGGUCUUCCCUUUCUUCUUCGUCAACAUCUUUGUCGCCCUGAUCAUCAUCACCUUCCAGGAGCAGGGAGACAAGGCUCUGUCAGAGUGCAGCUUGGAAAAGAACGAGAGGGCUUGUAUUGACUUUGCCAUAAACGCCAAACCCCUGACACGCUACAUGCCCGAGAACACGCAGUCUUUCCAGUACAGGAUGUGGAAGUUUGUGGUCUCAGCUCCUUUUGAAUACUCCAUCAUGAUCAUGAUCGCUCUCAACACUGUGGUACUCAUGAUGAAGUUCCAUGGAGCUCCAGACUUCUAUGAAGCAAUGCUAAAGAACCUCAACAUAGUCUUCACCACUCUCUUCUCUCUGGAGUGUAUCCUCAAGAUUAUUGCUUUUGGUCCACUGAAUUACCUGAAGGACGCCUGGAACGUGUUUGACUUUGUCACCGUGUUGGGCAGCAUCACUGACAUCCUGGUGACUGAAAUCAAUACUACGGACAGGCUGCUGAACUUGAGCUUCCUCAGGCUGUUCAGGGCUGCUCGGCUCAUCAAGCUUCUGAGGCAGGGUUACACCAUCCGCAUCCUGCUGUGGACCUUCGUCCAGUCCUUUAAGGCCCUGCCUUAUGUCUGCCUGCUGAUUGCCAUGCUGUUCUUCAUUUAUGCCAUUAUUGGGAUGCAGGUGUUUGGCAACAUUGAUCUGAACGAGGACACAGCUAUCAAUCACCACAACAACUUCCGCACUUUCCUCCAGGCUCUCAUGCUACUGUUCAGGAGUGCAACCGGUGAGGCCUGGCACGAGAUCAUGUUAUCAUGUUUGAGUCACAGAGCCUGUGACGAGCGAUCGGGGUCCCAUGGGAAGGAGUGCGGCAGUGAUUUUGCCUACUUCUACUUUGUCUCCUUCAUCUUCCUCUGCUCCUUCCUGAUGCUGAACCUGUUUGUGGCUGUCAUAAUGGAUAACUUUGAGUACCUAACCAGAGACUCCUCCAUUCUGGGGCCUCAUCACCUCGAUGAGUUCAUCCGGGUUUGGGCCGAGUAUGACCCAGCUGCAUGUGGCCGUAUCAAGUACCUCGAUAUGUAUCAGAUGCUGCUCCACAUGUCCCCACCCUUAGGUUUGGGAAAGAAAUGUCCACCAAGAGUCGCCUACAAGCGCCUUGUCAAAAUGAACAUGCCCAUCGCUGACGACAACACUGUCCACUUCACCUCCACCCUGAUGGCCCUGAUUCGCACUGCCCUGGAGAUCAAACUGGCCUCAGGCAUGGUAGCCCAGCGAUUAUCUGACGCUGAGUUAAAAAAGGAGUUGUCCACAGUGUGGCCCAGCCUCUCCCAAAAGACCAUGGACCUGUUGGUGACACCACAUAAACCCAAUGAACUGACAGUAGGGAAGGUUUAUGCGGCCCUGAUGAUCUUUGACUACUAUAAGCAGAACCGAGCGAGGAGGCUGCAACUGCAGCAGCAGCAGCAACAGAGCGCGUCAGGCUCUCAGUGCAAGGUCGGGGCUCUGUUUAAGCCAUUGCUGCCUCUGACUCACAUGCAGGAGAAAGAUCUGCCUAUGGUGUUAAACAGUGUGGAGCCUCCCAGCAUGCUUCAGCCCCAGUCCAAAUCCCAUGCCAAGUCCCAGCCACAGACCAGACCUAGCUCCAACUCCCUCAACAAUGGAGGCACACUGCCAGGUCAUGAUCACAUCAAGGCAUCAUCUUCUUGGGUGAUGGAGAAACCCAAGGAAGUGCCCCGAGCUAAGACUAAGAGAACCAUGUCCAGGGGCCCAUCGGACGACACACCGGACACUACUGUUAUUCAGGAGUCGGUGGAAAUGAGGAAGAUGGAGACUAGUGCCAGCAGUACAAUCCCAGCCCCUAGCUCAGGUUUGGAAAACCAGGGCAGAGCUGCUUCUAUGCCUCGACUUAAUACUGACCUGCAGCGGAGCCACUCACGCCACUCUCCAGGAAUCCAUCUAGCUUCUGUACCUGAUGCCAGCCCUAUGAAGCGCUCAGCUUCCACUGUGGCCCCACAGCGGCCCCAGGAGGUCAACCUGAGGGACUACACCUUGGAGAAACCCAGUCAGGAUCGACCCCACCAUCAUCACCAUCACCACCGCUGCCACCACCGCAGAGACAGAGAUAAAGAAAGAGACAGAGAGAAGAGGCAGAGGUCUUUGGACACACCACUGGGUGGACAACCACCUAGCUCUGCUGGUGCACCAGGAGAACCAGCGUCUGACCCAGCUGCAACCAGAGAGCGAGUGCAUGACCGUGGACGCUCCCACGAGAGGAAACACCACCACUCCUCGGCGGACAAGCAGCGUUACUACUCCUGCGACCGUUACUGCAGCCGGGAACACUGCCAAACCAAAUCUGCCACCGCCAGCUGUGCCGCCUCCCCCAGUGAGGGGCAGGAAACCAGCAACAAGCAGGGCAGUGGUUGGGUUAAAGGCAGCCCAGUGGCACUGAGCUCCAGUUCUAGCACGCCAAGCCGCGGACGACGGCAGCUCCCCCAGACCCCCCUCACCCCGCGGCCCGGGGUGGCCUACAAGACUGCCAAUUCAUCCCCCGUCCACUUUGUGUCCAGCCAGGCCUCUCUGAGUCCUGGCCGGCUGAGCCGCGGCCUGUCGGAGCACAACGCCCUCCGGCACAGCGGCUCCCGCCACUUCCCCUGCCCCGUCACUCGUAUCAGCUCUGAGCCCUUCCUGGGCCAGGGUCACGACGAGGCCCUGGGCAGCCUCUACGGCAGCCUCUGGGACCAGCUGGACGUCUUCCAGGAUGCGGCGUCACUGACGCCGAGCCCCCGUGUCAGACACUCAUCUCGGACUGCACUGCCUCGCAUGAUGGGAGCCCUGCUUCCUGCUCCGCAGCAGAACCUUGGGGUGCCAAACGGGUACCACUUCAGCUUUGGAGGCAGCACCAGCCCAGGCUCUGGCGUCAGGGCACCCAGGUAUUACCAGGAGGCAGAGGAGGACGAAUGGUGCUAGCAUGGCUUUAAACCAACCUUUUUAAUGCAUUUUUGAAGAAUUGUGAUGAGUUUUAUCAUCUUCUUUGAAGGCUUUAGUUCACAUUGUCACUGUGUGUGUUAAAUGCUGUAUUUAAAUCCUAACUUGGAGAGUUAAGGUUAGGGAGACCCUCUAAACUGGGAGAAGGCUUGAGAUGGGUUAUAUUUGAUCUUUAUUAAAGGGCACGUAGCAUUAUGAAACUGAAGAAUAGACUUUUUUGCCAAUAUCAGAUGUCUUAUAGUAGCUUGAUUUGCUUGGACUUGAGUGUUUUGUUGACACCACCAUAUUGAUCCUCAAACAGCAUUAUAUCAUGAAUGCAAACUGUAUAUUAAGAUGAAAAUAUUUCCUUACUUUGGAGGAGAAGUGAAGAUCCAAAGAAAUCUUUGGAUGCUGUAGAUAAACCACCAGACCUGCUGUGUGUCGUUCAUAACUCCAGUCUGUAUUCCAGAGAAACCAUUUUUGCUGUUUUGCUGGACGGUUAAUUCUUUACUGAUUGAUUACUGAGCAGUAAAGCUUUAUUCACAUUAAAGUUGCAGUGGGUAACUAAAAAAAAGAACUGUCACUAUAUCCUGACAGUAGUCCACGAGACAGAUCAUCUAUGGCUCCAGUCAGAGCCAGAAAAAGUCUCUAACGCAGUGUCAAUCACUGCUCGUGCAGUGUGCAGGCCCUCUCCCUAACACAAGCUCAAUAUUUUCAGCGAGUGGCUUUGCAAAUAAAACCGUUUGACAACAGCGUUUAGUACAAAACACUGAGCGCGUUCCGGCUCCACACGGAGCUCCUGCCUCAUUAUGUUCAAUACCAGGGCGCUCAUAGCGACAAGUGUCAAAGAGGCGCGAUGACAAACUCUGGGAUAUGGUGGAAAAUAGUGGCAGUGUGUGCGCACUGCUGAUGUUAAAUGUCAUUGAAGCCUGGGGUGCUCCUCUCUCUCUAGCAAGAAGAUACCAGGGUCUUGGCAAUGCUCCAGUCAUAUAGAGCUACCCCUACGAGGGCUGAGGUUUUGCAGGACAACUAGGCCCUUCUGCUGCGGUUCAACUUGUGGGUUUAGUGGGAGGCGUGCUCCGACCAGCCGAGAGAGACUGCACUGUGUUCAAAUGUUUCCCACUGCUGCUCUAAAGUGAGAAAACAUAAAGCUUCAUGAAUAGUUGUUUUCUUGUCAUUUGGGGCCAGCACAGCAAGCUUGACUUAUUAUCACAUUCUAAAGUUGAUACAGCUAACAUGUUAGCAAAUGGUUGAUUAAUUACACAUAUAGCAGACAAAGCAACAAUAGCAUUCAUUUGGACUUGUGUUUUUUGACCGUGUGAGUCCAGCAGUGACUCUCCUGUUAGCUCUGGUUUGGUUUCUUCUAACUCUCUUUAGCUGCUAAAUGCUCCACUAUGUUCACCAGUUAGUCUAUAACUGCCUCUGUCUGCUGUCAGCGCUAAUCUUCAGCUAAAAACAACGGCACACUCGAGUGAGUCGUGCUCUUUAUUAGCUGGUCUAAGAACAUUUCAACAUCUUUCACAUUAUUAUUACAGCUAACAGCACAACAUACUGUAGAACAGAACAUUCAAAUGAAUUAAAGGACCAGUGUGUCAGAUUUAGUUGGCUUUACACAACAUGGCAAAAUGGAAUAUAAUAUUCAUAACUAUGUUAUUCAUUGGUCACCUGAAAAUAAGAAUUGUUGAGACUUUAUCGACAGGGGUAGCAGGUCCUCUUCCACGUAGUCUGCCAUGUUUCUACAGUAGCCCAGUUUGGACAAACUGAACCCCCUUUAAUGUUUUUCAUGACUUUCAAAGCCACCGUUGUAUCUCCUACACUCUCGAAGGAGAGGGUGAGGCGAUGAGCUUGCAUUUAGCAACUACACCAGAUGCCACUAAAUCCUACACACUGGAUCUUUAAGCUCUAUGUAGAAUUACACAUUGACAGUAGCUGAAAGUGUUUGAGAGUCAGUAUGGCAGUUUCAACAGAAAGUGAUGUAAACAGGACAAAAAGCAGAUCAAUCGCUCAGAGAAAUGAUGAAUGAAUAUGUCGGAACACCUCAAAGACAUUAUGACACUGUACAAACAGCUGUGUUGUUCUUUAGUUUAGGACUCUACCAUUCCAUGAUGAUGCCUAAUCCUUUAUGACAUUCCCUUUGUGUCAGACAAACAGAUUGUGUGAAGUGCUGUCACACAGACCGCGAUGAUUGUUUUGUCUGUUAAACGUUUCGUGCAAACUUCAAGAGAGAAGCAACGCAUGGUAGUGAGUACUUGACUGACUAGAUUUGUUUUCUAUAAAAAAAAAAAUUCCUUGUAGAUGUUCUCUUUUCAUUGUGUGCAUUUUUUGUAUGACAUGAAAAAAAAAAGUUGUGUUUUAUGUGAACUGCUUACGGUUUGCCAUCGUUUCAGGUCUAAUGUUUCUUACAGACUUCUUUGCGAUGUUUUAAGACAAAGUGCCUAUCCUUUUAGAUAUACUGUAGAAAAAAAAAGAUGCAAUGUCAACUGUUUUCUAAUGCAUCCACACUCGAGUAGAUGUUCAGUCCAUUCUGUAUGUAGCUCUGCAGGAAAACAUGUUGUACAGAAAGCCUUAUCUGCAAGCAGAGAAAUGAUACCUACAGUACAUUUAAAGACAGGAAUGGAAAAAUGACCUUCUGAAAGUCGAUUAUUUUUCUUGUUUUUGAUAAAAUCAUGUAUAUGUGUGGAAGAAUCAACAUUGUGGAAACGCUAUACAAGCAUUUAACAACUAUGAAAACUGCAUAAAUAUAUCAAUCCAGUUACAUGAAUACCAGUAACACAGUGUGCAUGUUUAGAUGGUAGACCUGGUCAGCUACCUGCUAUGACCACCUUGUAGUUUUUUUUUUUUGUUUGUUUGUUUUUUUCUUCUUUUUUUUGUAUCAGUGUGAGCAUUCACACUCCUGUGCUGCUUGGACUGAGUGUGUGUUGGUCAGCUGGAGUCUGAAGCGGUGGGGGUUAAAGAGUGUGUACUGAUUUAGGACCCAGAGUAGCAAAGGGCGAUCCUUAAUGGAUAUCUGAGUCAAGCCAGCCCCUGUGUGUGCGUGCAUGUGUGUGUGUGUGUGUAUGUGGAUUAAACUAACACUAGUAAACAUCAGCUGUUGAGGAUAUAUUUGGCCUUUCUCUGUGCAGUUUGUUGUUUCGUGGUGUUUUGUUUUAUAUCAUCCUCUCAUGGACAGUGUACUGGCAAAAAAAAGGAUGUAAUAUUAUGCCAAGAUAUUCACAGCAGCUACUGUACCGUGGAGUUCGACCGCAGGAAGUGGUCAAAUUCAUUCAUAUCACAGGCUUUGGUGGCAGGUCGGAAAAGUUGCUACUGUGCACUGUAAAAGAAGCAGCACAACGAACUUCUCCACCUACAGUAGCAACAAUAGCAUUAUUAGCUGUGUCCCAAUUCCAUAACACAUUCAAAUGCCAAGCUGUUUUCGUGCAAUGUGCAAGAGAAUUAUGAAGAGGAAUAGUGACACAUUGUAUGGGUAUUUCACAUUAUAUUCAAUGCAUAACAAUAACAACAGCACAGAACAAUUGAUAAACAGUACACCUAAUAGUGAACACAAUAACUGCAGGAAGUUUGCGUCAUGAGUUUUGAGCAGAUUAUUUUCCUGCCCAGAGAUGAGUUUUAUAUUUUUUAGGCACUUUUUAUACAGUUCUUUUACUGUGUUAUGUUUUUUAACAGUCAUUCUGAUCAUAUGUUGGCAGAUACAAUCAUUUUGACUGGUUGAAUGCAGUUAUUAGAAUUGUGUUUGAGAUAAGUACAGAUCAGAGAUCAGGACAGUUUACAGCCAAAAAUCAACUCGUCAGAGCUCUCUGGUAGACAAAUUCUAUAGACUAAUGAUGAAAAUUGCUAAUUGCAUUUCUGUACUGACAUUUGUUAAUAAUCAAGUAACAUAUGUUGAUCUUGACAAAUCUGUCAUAAGCUAACUUUCAGUGAGUAUUGGGACACAGCUAAUAUGUCCACACUUUUGAUUGAAAUCAGGAGCUUGUUAAAACCCAGUCUGGAAAAUGAAGAAAAUUAUUUUAGAAGUGAAGUACUGUAGAAGCAGGAGGCGAGACAGAUUAAGGGGAUCUUGUCUUGUGGGUGUUAAAUACUGACACCGUAACCCAAGACGUCUCCUGCAAUGUUGGCAACAUAACACCACAGACUGAUAUGCAGUGUCAGGCAAGUUGCUUUCAAAAUGUAAUAUAUUACAUUUAAUAAACACAAAAUUUUGUAAACUCAUGUAAUACACACUUCAUGUCUUUGGUGUUCCCCGGAGAGAGUCCAGUGGAACCGCUGAAAAUAUUAAAUAUAAUAAGUGUAAACUCAGUGAUGUCACCUGGUUUGUGAACAACUGUUUUGAAACCUUGAGUUUGGGUUUAUGGUCGUUACCAUCUUGUUUUAUAUAUUUUUGAUUUUUAUUAUGUGGGGCUGUGCUUGAAAAAGUUGGCAGCCUUCCCAAUUACAAACAUUCUUACUUACAUUUUUAUUACAGCUGAACGGUAACUAAAAUAUAUUUUUCAAAACGUUUGAGAAGAAAAAUAGUCAAUGCAGUAACAGAAUAUGGAUUCAUAUUUGAUCAGCACUGCGUAGUUUGAGUUUCGUAGGUGUAUUGUGCUGGAUGGACUCACUGAGAAUGACUUGUCAAGGCCACGUCCUAACACAUACCCUGCUUUAUUAUCUAUUUUUCUCUAAAUGGGACCAUCAUUUACUAAAUGAACUUCAGGCUGCAUGGAAGAAGACUUAAAACUAGAGAUUGAGACCAUGAACUCAUGAGGAAACUGUUUACUGAGGUCAUAAAUCAUGUUAGAAGUAGGCUCAUUUUCCCAUAAGACUAAAUACAAUCUGACCUUAUUGUUGCAGCCAAUGGGGCAGCCCCCUGCUGGCCAUUAGAAAGAAAGCAGGUUUAAGACAUUCCGCAUGUUACCCCAGCACUGUUGAUAUGUAACAAUGGUCAGAAGAUGACCUGACAGAUGUGGAGGGUGGAUUUUUUCCUUCAAGUGGUCCUACUGGCCAACACACUGAUCUCUGCUUCCAGUUUGAAGGAAGAAUUUAGACUCUCUGGGUCACAGAGUGGGACUGAAGGACUGUCUCAUAAUGUCUGGAACUGUGCUCUGCUCUGAACUGGAUAUAUACUGUAGGCAGAUUUACACAAAAACAAUAUUUAUUAUAUGCAACUAACUUUAUACAUAUGAAUGGCAUCGAGACCAGAUUGUCUUUUGUGAGGGACAGAUUUUAACCUUUGCGGCAGCCGAUUGGCUAGAAGGUAUUUGUGGAGGAUUUCUUGAGAGGCUCGGCGAGCAGUCAAGGGAAACCACAAAAA